AUGACUUCAUUCUAUCGUAUAUUUGGCUCACUUAAAUCGGUUUACAACAAUAUUAAUCCGUCCACACUUACCGGUGCAAUUGAUAUUAUUGUUGUUAAACAAGAAGAUGAAACACUUCGUUGCACUCCAUUUCAUGUUCGUUUUGGUAAAUUAGGUGUUCUAAGAAAUCAACGGAAUAAGGUAUAUAUAACUAUAAAUGGUAAUCCAGUUGAAGAUUUAUAUAUGGAAUUAGGUGCAGCUGGAGAAGCUCUAUUUAUUGAAGAAGAAACUACUACACAAAAUCUUUCACCAAGUCGUCAUUUAGAACCAUCGGAUAGUAAUACAUUUCUUGAUCCUGAUAGUGCUAUAUUAACAGAUUUUUAUCCUCAAUUAUCAAAUAUUGAUUGUUCACCACAAAUCAUUAAUAAACAACUUGAUGAAGAAAAAGCACAUGAAAAUAAUGAAUCAACAGCAAAAUAUGCAUAUGAACAACCAUUAAUAUCAUCAAUUGAUGAUGAUGAUGAUGAUGUAUCUAUAUCAAAUCGUCGUCGUCAAAAACGACGAACAACAAAUCAUAAUGAACAAACAACUAAAGAUUUAAUUCAAGAUGAAGAUCAAGAAAUAGAAAAAAUAUUUUCAUCAAAUCAAAAUCAAUCACAUCUACGUCAACGUGCUUCAACAUCUAUAUCGAUGAAUGAUAAAUUAACAGAUCAUAGAAAUAAUGAACAAACAGAUUCAUCAUUAAAACUUUCACGUAAACAUAGUGCUAGUGAAAAUGAUAUGCUUUUAUUUCAAAUUGAUGAUGACAAACAAUCAACAUCAUCUACACCAUUUGUUGAUGCACAUAGUAGAAUGAAUAGUAUUGAUAGUCGAAAAAAAUUAUUAAUUAUUCCACCGAAAACAUCUAAUGGAAUAGAUAAUGAUGAUGAUGAUGAUGAUGAUGAAACUUAUAAUAGUAGUUUAGAAGAUGAGUAUAAUGAUAAUGAAGAAAAUUAUGACAAAACUAUAAGAACAUUAUCAAAUCCAAUACCAAUUGAACAAAAACCAAUAGUAAAUGAUACAUCACCAAUUACAAAUGAAUCGAAUUCAAUAGUAAAUACACUUUUUUCUCAAUCAGCACCAAUAACUAAUGAUAAUACUGUUUCAAUUCGAUUGACUCAAUCAACUGAUUCAACAUCAUUUUAUUUAAAUGAUGAUUUUUCACCAUCAUCAGCAUUUGAAAAUUCUAUGUCUCUUCGACCACUAAGUCCACAAUCUGAUACAGAAUAUGAAUUAGAUAAAUCAUCACAACAAACAGUAAGAAAUAAUCGAAGAAGUUCUGUAUGGCAAUGGAAAUGGGGUGAAUUUCCUGAACAAAGACGAAGUGUAUUUAGAUAUUUAUGGCCAUCAUCAUCAAAAGAAGUUACACCUAAAGAAGGAAUAUAUCUUGAUGAUAUUACAAAUAAUAAAUGUGAUGAUCGUUCACGUUAUUUACCUCAAAUGGAUUAUCAUCUUAAUCAACCAAGAACUCCAAAUGAUGAUGAUCAAGAAUCAGGAACAGGCAAUUCAAUACCAAAUUCUCCAGUUCGAGAAUAUGAAACUUCUUAUCUUCUCGGUGAUGUACAACUUUCAUUAUGUGGAAAUAUUGAUAAACCAUCAUUGAUUACAGAUAAUAUAUUUAAUGCACAUCUUAUUUCAUAUGAAAAAUUUGCUAAUAAUCCAUCAAUUAUCAAUGAUUCAAAUUUAGUUGUACGCAUUGGUGGAAAAUAUCAUAAUUGGAAUGUUGCUUCAGCACUUAUUGCUUCAGCUAGUGUCUAUCAUAAACGAUUACCACCUGAAACAGUUGAACAAUUACAAAAUAAACAUAUGACACCAACUACACCACGUACAACAAGUGGUAUUAGUUAUUGGCCAUUUUCUAGUAGACAUUCUAAUACAAGAAGUGAAACUACUCCAUCAACAACAUCAGAAGCAUUGGCUUUAGUUGUUAAAUCUGAAAUUGUUCCAACAAUGUUACAAAGUCAAAAUUCUAUUCGAAAACAUUCUAAUGAUAGUGAACAAGAAGAUCAUGAAGUAAGCAAACUAACAGAUAAAAUACAAAGUCAACAAUCAAAUACAAAUUAUACUUCAACAAAAAAGAAAACUAUGAUUCUUACAUCGGAUCAAUUAAAACGACUUAAUCUUAAAAGUGGUAUAAAUCAAGUUGAAUUUAGUGUUACAACAGCUUUACAAGGUACAACACUUGUCGAAGCAAAUAUAUUCUUUUUUGAUCAUAAUACAAAAUUUGUUAUAUCAGAUAUUGAUGGUACUAUAACAAGAUCUGAUGUUUUUGGUCAUAUUUUGCCGUUAUUUGGUAAAGAUUGGUCACAUGAUGGUAUUGCAGAAUUUUUUCAGGCUAUUCAAGAAAAUGGUUAUCAAUUUAUUUAUUUAUCUGCUCGUGCUAUUGGACAAAGUCGAGUAACAAGAGAAUUUUUACGCAGCAUUAAACAAUGUAAUUUUGCAUUACCCAUUGGUCCAUUACUUAUUUCACCUGAUACAUUAGUAACUGCGCUUUAUAGAGAAGUAAUUACAAGAACACCUGAAGAUUUUAAAAUUGAAUGUUUAAAAAAUAUUGCAAGUUUAUUUCCAAAUAAAAAUCCAUUUUAUGCUGGUUUUGGUAAUCGAUUAAAUGAUCAAUCGGCAUACACAGCUGUUGGAAUACCAGAAACUCGUAUAUUUACAAUAAAUCCUCGUGGUGAAGUUGUUCGACAAAAAUUAUCUCAAUUAUUAUGUACUUCAUAUAAAAAUUUACAUGAAGUAGUUGAUCAAGUAUUUCCUCCAAUGGAUUCAUUUUCUGCAAGUGAAGCUUAUUCAUCAUUUACAUUUUGGCGUGAAAAACCAACAAUAGAUUCAUUCGAAGAUGAAAUGCGUAAACAUUUACAAGAAAUGGCAGCACGACAAAAGCCUAAAAGCAAAGGAUCAACAACACAAAUAACUGGUUCUUCGCCAAAGGCAACACCAACAAUAACAUUAACGAAAGGAGCUGGUGAAAAAGUAUUAACAAUCGCUCAAGUAACAGAAAAUACAGUGAAAAAACCAUAG